AUCUUUCUUUCUCCAGAACUCGUUCAGACAGAGAUAGAACUUGGAAGGCAAGACAAGCAACAAUGGAGAAAGCUAUCAACAGGCAGAGGAUUCUCCUCGAGCACCUCCGACCUUCCUCUUCUUCUUCUUACGGCAGCGAUUCUUCUAUCUCUGGAUCGGCAUGUCUGGCUGGGGACAGUGCUGCGUACCAGAGAACUUCGGUUUUUGGGGAUGAUGUGGUGAUUGUAGCAGCACAUCGGACGCCAAUUUGCAAAUCUAAACGUGGUGGUUUUAAGGAUACUUAUCCCGAUGAUCUCCUCGCUCCAGUUUUGAAGGCAUUGAUAGAGAAAACCAAUCUGAAUCCUAGUGAAGUUGGGGAUAUUGUGGUGGGCUCUGUCUUGGCACCAGGAUCUCAGAGAGCAAGUGAAUGCAGAAUGGCUGCAUUCUAUGCCGGUUUCCCUGAGACUGUGCCUGUCAGGACCGUGAACAGGCAAUGCUCAUCUGGGCUUCAGGCUGUUGCUGAUGUAGCUGCAGCUAUAAGAGCUGGAUUUUAUGAUAUUGGUAUUGGAGCUGGGUUGGAGUCCAUGACAACUAAUCCAAUGGCAUGGGAAGGGUCUGUGAACCCAAAAGUGAAGGCCUUUGAACAAGCCCAAAAUUGCCUUCUUCCCAUGGGUAUAACCUCAGAAAAUGUUGCACAUCGUUUUGGUGUAACUAGGCAGGAGCAAGAUCAGGCUGCAGUUGAGUCACAUAGGCGAGCUGCUGCUGCUACUGCCUCUGGUAAAUUUAAAGAUGAAAUUAUUCCCGUGCCUACGAAGAUUGUUGACCCAAAAUCGGGGGAGGAGAAACCUGUUAAAAUCUCUGUUGAUGAUGGGAUUCGGCCUAGCGCAACAGUGUCAGAUCUGGCAAGACUGAAGCCUGUUUUUAAGAAAGAUGGGAGCACCACUGCAGGCAAUUCUAGCCAAGUGAGUGAUGGAGCUGGGGCUGUACUCCUAAUGAAGAGAAGUGUCGCAUUGCAAAAAGGACUACCCAUCCUUGGUGUAUUCAGGACUUUUGCUGCUGUUGGUGUUGAUCCAGCUAUCAUGGGUGUAGGCCCAGCUGUUGCAAUUCCAGCUGCAGUCAAGGCUGCUGGUUUAGAGCUUGAUGAUAUUGACCUUUUUGAGAUAAAUGAGGCAUUUGCAUCCCAAUUUGUAUAUUGCCGUAAUAAGCUCGGUCUUGAUCCAGAAAAGAUCAAUGUGAAUGGAGGUGCUAUGGCUCUUGGGCAUCCUUUGGGUGCAACAGGUAUAUACUAUGAAUUUAAAUUAACUUGAGUUUGAGUUACUCCAUUCACAAUUUUAAAAUACUCCUGGAACUAUUAAAGGUGAUUCUACUCUAUAGGGUUCACAUUUAUGGAGAAAAUCUGAAUAACUGACCCGGCCAACCUACCUGAGGCAUUGUUGUCGGGCAUAGGCACCAAGGGCGACCUAUCAACCCUUAGUAUUGCUUCAGUUUGGAAACUGUUCACCAACCGAUUGGUUCUAGGAGUGAUUUCUAGUGGUCAAAUGAACUUAUAGGGGGGCAGUUUGCAGCCUGAUUUAAUUUAUUUAUACCACAAUUGAUGAGGUCACCAUAUAGUCAAUUGCACUGGGUAUAAUUCCAUAACUGCUAUAUAUAUAUAUGUAUCUAUUUA